GAGUGGAAGUCUAACCAGUCAAGUCACCAUGUCUGGGAUUGGGAACAAACGAGCAGUGGCAGAGGCCAGCCCCUCAGGGCCUCCGGAGAAGAAGGCUGGGGUUGAAGACUCGGGGACCACUGUGGAGACCAUUAAGCUUGGUGGUGUCUCCUCAACGGAGGAGCUGGACAUUCGCACCCUACAGACCAAGAACCGCAAGCUGGCGGAGAUGCUGGACCAACGACAGGCCAUUGAGGACGAGCUGCGGGAGCACAUUGAGAAGCUUGAGCGGCGGCAGGCCACAGAUGAUGCCUCCCUGCUGAUCGUCAAUCGCUACUGGAGCCAGUUUGACGAAAACAUCCGCAUCAUUUUGAAACGCUACGACUUGGACCAAGGCCUCGCAGACCUUCUGUCGGAACGGAAAGCCCUGGUAGUGCCGGAGCCAGAGCCAGAUUCUGACAGCAACCAGGAGCGUAAAGAUGAGAGGGAGCGAGGGGAAAGAUUCGAGCCAGCGUUCUCCUUUCUGGCUACCCUGGCUAGCAGCACCAGUGAGGAAAUGGAGUCUCAGCUGCAGGAACGUGUGGAAUCUUCCCGCCGUUCUGUCACUCAGAUCGUGACCAUGUACGAUAAGCUACAGGAGAGAGUGGAUAUGCUGUCCCACAAGCUCAACAGUGGAGAUGUUUCUCUGAUGGAGGAGGCCGUCCAAGAGCUGAAUACCUGCCUCACAAACGAGAACAGACGGCUGCAGGAACUGGCAGAUUUGCUGCAGGAAAAGCACCGCGCCAUGUCUCAAGAGUUUUCCAAACUGCAAGGGAAGGUGGAGACGGCGGAGUCUCGCGUGUCCGUGUUGGAGACCAUGAUCGAUGACCUCCAGUGGGACAUCGACAAAAUCCGCAAACGGGAACAGCGGCUCAACAGGCAUCUGGCGGAUGUCCUGGAACGCGUGAAUUCGAAAGGAUACAAGGUGUACGGAGCAGGGAGCAGCCUGUAUGGGGGCACCAUCACCAUCAACUCUCGUAAGUUUGAGGAGAUGAACUCGGAGCUGGAGGAGAACAAGGAGCUUGCUGAGAACCGCCUGAGUGAAGUGGAGAAGCUGCGUCAAGAAUUCGAGGAGGUGACGGGUCAAAAUGAGAAGCUAAAGGUGGAUCUGAGGCGGGCCGUGGAGGAGGUGGUAAAGGAGACCCCAGAAUACCGCUGCAUGCAGUCCCAAUUUUCUGUCCUGUAUAACGAGAGCCUCCAAUUGAAAGCACAGCUGGACGAGGCCCGCACUCUGCUCCACGGUACCCGAAGCACCCACCAGCGCCAAGUGGAACUCAUUGAGCGGGAUGAAGUCAGCCUGCACAAGAAAUUGCGCACUGAGGUCAUUCAGCUGGAGGAUACCCUCGCCCAGGUCCGCAAGGAGUACGAGAUGCUGCGGAUUGAAUUUGAACAGACGCUUGCGGCCAACGAACAAGCAGGUCCCAUCAAUCGGGAGAUGCGUCACCUCAUCAGUAGCCUCCAGAAUCACAACCACCAGCUGAAAGGGGAGGUGUUGAGGUACAAGCGGAAGCUGAGGGAGGCUCAGUCUGACUUGUGCAAGACCCGUUCCCGUAGUGGCAGCGCCCUCCUGCACUCCCAGUCCAGCACCGAGGACACCAAGGAGGAGCCGCCCGAUAUCAAACAGGAGCCCGACGACGUCUCGGCCCUGUCCACGGCCUCCAAGGCCCCUCCCGAGGAUGCCCUUGAAACCAGGGCGAAACGCGAUGAGGAGGAGAGGGAGCGGGAGAGGCGGGAGAAGGAGCGGGAGAAAGAGAAGGAGAAAGAGAAGGAGCGGGAGCGGGAGAAGGAGAAAGAGAGGGAGCGGGAGAAGCAGAAGCAGAAGGAAUCUGAGAAGGAGAGGGAAUCGGCCAAAGAGAAGGACAAAGGGAAGCACGACGACGGGAGGAAAAAGGAAGUGGAGCUGAUCAAGCAGCUGAAGGCUGAUCUCAAGAAGGCCCAAGAAAGCCAGAAGGAGAUGAAGUUGUUGUUAGAUAUGUACCGCUCUGCCCCAAAAGAGCAAAGAGACAAAGUUCAACUGAUGGCUGCGGAGAAGAAGGCCAAAGCUGAGUUGGAAGAACUGAGGCAAAGACUGAAGGACCUGGAGGACAAGGAGAAGAAAGAGAGCAAAAAGAUGGCUGAUGAGGAUGCCCUCCGGAAGAUCCGGGCAGUGGAGGAACAGAUUGAAUACUUGCAGAAGAAACUGGCUAUGGCGAAGCAGGAGGAAGAGGCACUGCUCUCUGAAAUGGACGUGACCGGCCAAGCCUUUGAGGACAUGCAGGAGCAGAACAUUCGCCUGAUGCAGCAGCUGAGGGAGAAGGACGAUGCGAACUUCAAGCUCAUGUCAGAGCGCAUCAAAUCCAACCAGAUCCAUAAGCUGCUAAAGGAAGAGAAGGAGGAGCUGGCGGACCAGGUGCUGACCCUGAAGACACAGGUGGAUGCCCAGUUGCAGGUUGUGCGGAAGCUAGAGGAGAAAGAGCACCUGCUCCAGAGCAACAUCGGGACAGGAGAGAAGGAGCUGGGCUUGCGGACCCAGGCCCUGGAGAUGAACAAGCGGAAGGCCAUGGAUGCCGCCCAGCUUGCUGAUGACCUUCGGGCGCAGCUAGAGCUGGCCCAGAAAAAGCUGCACGACUUCCAGGACGAGAUUGUGGAGAACAGCGUGACCAAGGAGAAGGACAUGUUCAACUUCAAGCGGGCUCAGGAGGAUAUCUCGAGGCUACGGAGGAAGCUGGAGACCACGAAGAAACCUGACAUGGUGCCCAACUGCGAUGAGAUCCUUAUAGAGGAGAUCAAAGAUUACAAGGCUCGCUUGACCUGCCCCUGCUGCAACAUGCGCAAGAAGGACGCCGUUCUCACCAAAUGCUUCCAUGUUUUCUGCUUCGAGUGUGUGAAAACCCGCUACGAUACCCGGCAGCGCAAGUGUCCCAAGUGCAACGCCGCUUUUGGGGCCAACGACUUUCAUCGUAUCUACAUUGGCUGA